CAUUUAUCAGACCCGAACUCAAUGUUAGUCAAUUACGACGCUAUCUCCAUUGGCCAAGUAUUAGUGAGAGUUGUAUUAGUGUACAAACUGUAUGGUUUCAGCAUCAAUGGAAUCGACUCAUUUUAGCUCCAUUUGUUCAUGCUGAUUCUUGGCAUCUUUACUAUAAUAUGGCCUCCUUUAUGUGGAAAUCAAGAACAUUAGAGAAACAUUAUGGCAGCCUUUAUUUUGGUUAUAUAAUAGCUGUCUUCUCAAUACUGACUAGUAUUGUGUAAUGUGGGUCCAUUAACUAUCUCUUAGCAGAGGUAUUAAUGUAUUCUCUUAUUACUACAUGUGCUGUUGGAUUCUCUGGUGUUAUUUUUGCAAUAAAGGUUUUGACAACACAUCUUCAACCAAAUGGAAUGACCUAUGUGUUCAUGUUCCCAAUUCCCACUAAAUUAGCUGUGUGGGCAGAACUUAUUUUAAUCUCUGUUCUCUUUCCAAAUGUUUCAUUCGUUGGUCAUCUUGCUGGUAUUCUGGUUGGAUUAGCUUAUGUUUCUGGACCAUUAAAACAAAUUAUGGAUUUACCAAUAAAUAUGUUGUCAGGUACUCAUAGUAGAAGAAUGAAGAUGAAAGUGAUGAACAAGUUCAGAAGCAAUAAGAAGAAGCUGGGCAGAUAG